GUCCGACUUUACCUGGAGCCAAUGAUAUUUAAUUCUUGUCUUUUUUCCUCCUUUCAACAGUUGUUCCGAAAACUGGAGCAGUGCAACACUGAGCUCAAGAAGUACAGUCAUGUCAACAAGAAGGCUCUGGACCAGUUUGUCAACUUUUCUGAGCAGAAGGAAAAGCUAAUCAAACGUCAGGAUGAGCUGGACCGUGGCUACAAAUCCAUCAUGGAGCUCAUGAACGUCUUGGAGCUGCGCAAGUACGAGGCCAUCCAGCUCACCUUCAAACAGGUGUCAAAGAACUUCAGCGAGGUUUUCCAGAAGCUGGUGCCAGGCGGUAAAGCUACGUUGGUGAUGAAGAAGGGUGAUGCUGAAGGCAGCCAGUCUCAGGAUGAGGGAGAGGGCGGUGCAGACAGCGAGAGAGGCUCUGGGUCACAGAGCAGCGUUCCUUCAGUGGACCAGUUCACUGGAGUCGGCAUCAGGGUGUCGUUCACAGGGAAGCAAGGUGAGAUGAGAGAGAUGCAGCAGCUGUCUGGAGGUCAGAAGUCUCUGGUGGCUCUGGCUCUGAUAUUUGCCAUCCAGAAGUGUGACCCCGCCCCUUUCUACCUGUUUGAUGAAAUCGACCAGGCCCUCGAUGCCCAGCACAGGAAGGCUGUCUCAGACAUGAUUGUUGAGCUGGCAGGCCAUGCCCAGUUCAUCACCACUACCUUCAGGCCUGAGCUACUCGAGUCUGCUGACAAGUUCUAUGGUGUCAAAUUCAGAAACAAGGUGAGUCACAUCGACGUGAUCACAGCAGAGCAGGCCAAAGACUUUGUGGAGGAUGAUACCACCCAUGGUUAAUAGUCUUCAGCUCUUCAUCCUCCUCUUCACUCCCUCCUCCUCCACCUCUCCAGUGCACUGCGUAGUUCUGAGCCUUCCACAACAGCACCCAAAGUCAGAAAUAUCUCAUUCACUCCACCAGCUGUUUAUAGUCGUGUCAAAAAUAAACCAGCUUUCACUAAAGGUGGGAAUUUUCCUGGAUACUGUUGUUUUAAAUACUCAGAAAGCCCCACCUUAAAAUGAAUUAUGUGUAGUUUUUGGCAUCAUUUCAAGCUGAUUAAACUACAAAGUUGAGAAGGAUGUGGUUUUGUUUUGUCACAGUUUCCUGCAUAGCUAUGCAUCUGUGGAAGUGGUCAAGAAAAGGAACGUAGCUGUGGAGAGUUCUGACGAGAGCACGUUACCAUUUGUGUUUUGUGCUGAGUUUUUGUAAUCUGGAGUUUGCAUCAAGAAGAGCUGGAGACCUUGUUUAAAAGCAACAAACCUUCAGGCUCUUCUUAGAAAACAAAUCACUUUGUGUACAGUUCAGAUAGUUUUCAUACAACUUACAUAUUGUCACUGUUGGCGCUCGGUGCAUUUCUGAGGGUCUCAAACAGUUUUUGUUGCUACCCUUGAUAAAAGGAGUUCACUCUGUAAUCUAUACUCUUUGUAUUCAUGGAACAAUGCUAACACAUAUUUGUCAUAAUCGCCACAUGGCUUCAGUGUUUAAAGGUUGUUAAUUUUUAUAGUUGCUUCUGUACGGUGUUGUUUCCUAUUUUUAGGUCAUUUCAAUAUAUGAAUGGUUUAAUUUCAAAACACCAGGAAUCAGUUUUGGAAAUCGGCAGCUUGCUCAUUCAAUAUUUAAAAACAGAUCGACUCAGUAGUGGGUAAUUGUAUCUGUUUGGGUCCUGGCGAAAUUCACAAGGUCAGUAUCAAGUCAAACUGUAAUUAAUUUUCUGCCCUUUUUCUAAAUGGAUGGAUUGUUUGGGGAUUAAACUCGUCAUAUGUUGAACCUAGUUACAGCUUUGGAUUUUAAAUGUUUUUGUCCCUUUUUGUGUAACUAGAAAACUUUACAAACAAUAAAAGAUUUUAAAAUGC